UACAGAAUAAUGACAGUGUACAUAAUAAUAAGUAGGUAUCGUGUAACUUAAACCAAAUCAUCAGCGGAAAAAUAAUCCAAAUAAUCCAUUUUGUCGUGGCGGAGGAGUGUCUCAGACUUAUCUCAACCCAUCUCAAAACUAAUCAAUCGCAAAGAUGCGCUCAAAGUGAUAACACCGGCUAUAAAUGGCGCACAUUUCGCAAAAAUAGCAGUGUAGUGCACUUCCAAAGCAACGAUGGAUCAAGACCGGUCCUGUACUUCCCUCCGUUGCAGGCAUGCACUUUUCAGGGUAUGUCAAAAUUUUUUUCGUAAAGAAACACUCAACAAACGAGUGCCUAUAAGUUCAUGGUUGCCCAAAUACACUGUUAGCAUCUUGUUUCAAGACAUUUUGGCCGGUUUUACGGUCGGUUUAACGGAGAUUCCGCAGGGAAUCGCAUUUGCCGGGAUUGCAGGCCUAAGCCCCGAAUAUGGCCUUUAUUGCGGCUUCAUGGGCGGCUUCAUCUACGCCCUUUUCGGCAGCUGCAAAGACGUCAACAUCGGCCCCACCUCCAUCAUGGCCCUAAUGCUCCAGGACCACAUCUCAGCACUAGGCCCUGACAUGGCCAUCACUAUAACCUUCCUGGCCGGGAUUAUAAUCUUUAUCCUGGGAUUACUCAACUUGGGUUUCGUCAUCGAGUUUUUCUCCUAUCCAAUCAUCGCAGGCUUCACAUGUGCCGCCUCCCUCCAGAUCGCCUCCUCCCAAGUGAAGGGACUUUUCGGGAUUCCGGGCAAAGCCAACGCCUUUUUGGAGGCCUGGGAGUCGGUGUUCAGCAACAUUGAGAAAAUUCGCCUGUGGGAUAGCGUUUUGGGCGUCCUUUCGAUUAUUUUCCUGGUCAGUUUGAAGGAAAUCCGGAGAUUUGGGACGCUGCAGUACCGGGAGGACUGGUCCAGGAAUCGCAAUAUUUUAGGGAUUUUUUUGUUUAUGUUGUCGCUUGCGCGAAACGCCCUUGUGGUCAUUAUAGGGACUGUUAUUUCGUACAGUUUGAGGGACGACAACCCUUUCAAAAUCACGGGUGACGUCAAGAGUGGGUUUCCCCCGUUUGAACCACCACCAUUUAGUACCCAAGUCAAUGGUACCAACUAUAAUUUCCGCGAUAUGGUACAAAACUAUGGGCCGUCCCUUGCCUUCAUUCCAUUGGUUGCGAUUCUGGAGGCUGUGUCCAUCGCCAAGGCCUUCUCCAAGGGUAAGCCGUUGGACGCCACCCAGGAAAUGCUAGCCUUGGGUCUGUGCAACGUCAUGGGUUCCUUCGUCAGGUCCAUGCCCAUCACUGGGUCUUUCACCCGAACGGCGGUCAACAACGCCUCUGGGGUUAAAACACCCCUUGCUGGGAUUUUCACCUCAGCUAUGGUACUCCUAGCUAUAGGUUUCCUCACCCCUUCGUUCUACUACGUGCCAAAGGCGACCCUCGCAUCUGUGAUUAUUUGUGCAAUGUUUUAUUUAUUCGACUAUGACGCUUUCGUCGUACUUUGGAGGUCCAAAAAGCUGGAUUUGGUACCAUUUUUGACGACUCUCCUCUGCUGUCUUUUUAUUAGUCUCGAAUAUGGAAUUUUGAUCGGGAUUGGAGUUAAUUUACUCUUCGUUUUGUAUGCCAGUGCUCGACCAAAACUCACCAUAACCAAAGAAAAAAUCUCAGAUUCUCGGGGCGAAGUUUUCGUGAUUACCCCGAAGGAUACUUUGUAUUUUCCAGCUGCUGAGCACUUGAGGGACGUGGUUUUGACAUGUGAGGGUGAAAAUGCCACUGUGGUUGUCAGUGGACGAGAAAUUAGAAAUGUAGACGUGACUGUGGCAAAGAGUAUGGCUGUUUUUGCCAAAGAACUGGUAGAUAGGGGACAGAAAGUCAUUUUCUUGGAUUUCAAACCGUCAGUGGUCGAAGUUUGUGUUAAAGUUGAUCUCAGUUUGCAGAAAUAUUUCGCAGAAGGUCCCCUAGAUGAGAUUUUUGAAAAUGAACCCAUUUUAUCGGUACAAUAGUAUUGUAGCAAAAUUAAAUAAAACAAUUUUUUAUGUA